AUGGCAGAGGAAAAGCAGCAGACAGGAACCUCCCGGGAGGACCUGACACUACCUGACGAGUAUCCUCCACCACUUACGGAGCUGGAUGGAGAGGCAGGGCAGGAUGUUUCUGCUGCCACAGAGGAGAGCAGCAAAGAUCAGGAGGUAAAAUGCAGCCCAAACGUGCUGCAGAUGCUGAAGGCGGCAGAGAGCAGACGGACACCUCAGGGUCAGGACAGAGAGGGGGAAGAGGUGACAGAGGCUGGGACAGAAGAGCUUGUCACUGAAGCGCUGAAGACUGACAUGCAAAUACAGCUCACUGAGCAGAAACAAGAAUUCAACAAACGUCCCAUCAAGGCUGGUCACCGCUCUCUGUCUCGGUCCAUCUCACAGUCAUCUACAGACAGCUAUAGUUCAGUGUGCAGUGACAGCUCCGAGGAUGAGUCCACUCCCAGAGACAAGCUUCAGAAGAACUCCAAGGGCUUUUCUGACUUUUGCAUCAAAAACAUCAAACAGGCUGAUUUUGGACGCAGAGAAAUCCAAAUCGCAGAGCAAGAAAUGCCAGCACUGAUGGUCCUGAGGAAAAGAGCAGGAGGGGAGAAGCCUCUCGCUGGAGCCAAAGUGGUGGGCUGCACACACAUCACUGCACAGACAGCAGUGCUGAUUGAGACUCUGUCUGCGUUGGGGGCUCAGUGUCGCUGGGCAGCCUGUAACAUAUUCUCCACUCAGAACACUGUGGCUGCAGCUCUGGCUGAAGGAGGCACCUCGGUGUUUGCGUGGCGGGGAGAGUCAGAGGACGACUUCUGGUGGUGCAUCGACCGAUGUGUCAGAGCUGAUACCUGGCAGCCCAACAUGAUUCUGGAUGACGGCGGCGACCUGACCCACUGGAUCUAUAAGAAGUACCCGAGCCAGUUCAAGAGGAUCAAAGGCAUCGUGGAGGAGAGUGUUACAGGAGUCUAUCGGUUGUACCAGCUGUCGAAAGCAGGUCGGCUGUGUGUUCCUGCUAUGAAUGUUAACGACUCUGUGACCAAGCAGAAGUUUGACAACCUGUACUGCUGCAAGGAGUCAAUAUUGGACGGGUUGAAGCGAACCACUGACAUCAUGUUUGGAGGAAAACAGGUGGCGGUGUGCGGUUAUGGUGAGGUUGGUAAAGGUUGCUGUGCUGCCCUGAAAGCGUUGGGUGCUGUUGUAUACAUCACAGAAGUGGAUCCCAUUUGUGCCCUUCAGGGCUGCAUGGACGGCUUCAGAGUGAUCAAACUGAGUGAAGUGGUCAGGCAGGUAGACAUGGUCAUCACCUGCACAGGCAAUAAAAACGUGGUGGGGAGGGAACAUCUGGACAGAAUGAAGAACGGCUGCAUAGUCUGUAACAUGGGACACUCCAACACAGAGAUAGAUCUGGCGAGUCUGCGGACUGCGGAGCUGAGGUGGGAGCAUGUGAGGCCUCAGGUGGACCAUGUUAUAUGGCCUGAUGGCAAGAGAAUAGUCCUGCUAGCUGAGGGCCGUUUGCUGAAUCUGAGCUGCUCCACAGUGCCCUCGUUUAUCCUCUCCAUCACCGCCACAACUCAGGCGCUGGCUCUCAUAGAGCUGUUCAACGCUCCAGAGGGACGAUACAAACAGGACGUCUACCUGCUGCCAAAGAAGAUGGAUGAAUAUGUGGCCAAUCUCCAUCUGCCUGCGUUUGACGCUCACCUCACAGAGCUGACUGAUGAACAGGCCAAGUACCUGGGUGUCAGCAAACACGGGCCAUUCAAACCCAACUACUACAGGUGA